GCCGAGGGCCAGCCAAGCAUCCGUCUCAGAACACAAUCUGCGAGUUCUUGGAUGUGCUGCAUGCUUGAAUAUCUAUUACUCUAGCAGUGCGUGUCCCUCAUUAACAACAGGCUCCCAGAAGUGUCACCAACGGUCGGAUUGAGAGGCAAGACGAGCGGCGGGUGCUUGGCAAUGGAAUAUAACACACGGACAAACCAAUCCACAAGUCUGCACUUCGCCCGAACAGCUCCAGGAACCCAAAGGAGGAGCCCGAGGCCACUAGUAGGUUGAUUUCUUUGGGGAAAACUGCAUUGUACAGUACCUACAGUGUGCGUUAUCUCUAGAUAAGCCUAGCCCACCCCGCACUGCAGGUCCGGGAAAGCGGGUUAGUGCAGCCGCCACCCUCAUCUGGGCAUGAUAGCGACGACCCUCCUAUAAAUCGCACAUUGUCGCUUGAGAGAUCAUGGGACCAUCCAAACAAAAAUCAUCUUGACAGCCAUGCAUUUCAAACGCACCAUCAGCAUCGUGGACUGCCACUGCGCCGGGGAAGUUGGCGACGUGAUCGUGGGCGGCGUGCUCGACCCGCCCAACUGCAGCACCAUGUACGAGAAGCUGGCGCACUUCCGCGACCACGAGGACCACAUUCGCCAGCUGCUGCUCAACGAGCCCCGCGGCCGGCCGGCCAUGUGCAUGAACCUCGUCCUGCCGCCGUGCAACCCCAAGGCCGACGCGGGGUUCCUCAUCAUGGAGAGCGAGGAGUACCCGCCCAUGUCCGGGGGCAAUCUCAUCUGCACCACCACCGUGCUGCUGGACACGGGCAUGGUGGCGAUGCAGGAGCCUGUGACGGAGCUCCUAUUGGAUACAGCUGCUGGCCCCGUGGCCGUCACCGCCGACUGCGCGAAUGGCAAAUGCACUGCGGUCGCGUUCCACAAUGUGCCCUCGUUUGUCUUUGUUCUAGAUCUUCCUGUCGAGGUCCCGGGGUUGGGGACGGUGUCUGUGGAUAUUGCUUGGGGUGGGAUGAUCUAUGCCAUUGUUGAUGCGACGAAGAUUGCGGGGGGGUUGAAGAUUGAGAACCGCAAUGGGCCGAAGUUGAUUGAGAUCGGGGAGCGCAUCAAGCAGGCUGUGCAGCAGAGUGACUUCGUGCCUGUGCAUCCGGACAACCCCCAGAUCCGAGGGGUCAGUAUCUUGGAGUUCACUGAGCCGUUGACUGGGUCUGCUUCGACGGGCGAUUUGACGGCUGUGAACACGGUGGUGGUGUCACCUGGGCGAUUUGACCGGUGUCCCUGUGGAACGGGGAGCUCGGCACGCAUGGCGGUGAUGCAUGCGCGGGGCCAGCUGCAAGUUGGGGAGAGAUUUCAACACCGCAGCAUCAUCGGCAGUAGCUUUGAGUGCUGGAUUGAGGGGACCACGCGGGUGGGCCAGUACGAGGCGGUGCUUCCGGUUGUCAAGGGCAGUGCAUGGAUCACCGGGUUUCGUCAGGUGGGGUUAGAUCCCACUGACCCAUUCCCAGUGGGCUUCAGAGUUGGAGAUCAGUGGCAUGUAGCGGAUGAUGCUCGAAUUUCCGAGGACUGAUAGUGAAUGGUGGGAUCCGAUAUUGAGGGUUAGUCUAUCCGGAGUGAGGAUUACCCCGCGGUGCGGUGCGGGGUAUACCACGUACAUAUGUAGGUAUCAACACUAGCCCUUCAAUCUGAGAGCUCGGAAUCUUACAUAAAACGAGCUUUGUACCCCAUAUCACGUACAAUUACUUCUACUGUUGUAUCCUGGUACCAAUUUCGGACAGGCUCAUCACAUGAUCAGAGAGAUCACAAAACCGGGCACCAAGACCUGGUGCAACAGAUGAAGUAAGUAGGUCACACAGGGACCAUGCUUCUACUCCAUUCGAUAAGAUUAGCCGCUUACAGGAUGGAUAAGGGAUAGACAAGCAGCGAACAUGGUCUUAUCAAAGGUA